UAGCAUUUACCUUGGAAACAUCCCAGCUCUUGUUAUACAUCCUAUCGGCCCAGCGGUCACGCCUCGGAAUUUUCCCACCACCCAAACUGAGUUGCUCUCUCCCCAUCUGGCCUUGAUGUCUACUUCUCUAGCUAAAGACAAAUUUUUGAUUAAGGAAUCUUUGGCUUCCCCUAGGAUUCGGCACUAUAACACAGAUAAUGAUUUGGAAUCUAAAUCUAUCAGGAUAUGCAAUGGCACACACUUCACACCCGAUAAAAUUAAAUCUUCCGACGGUUUUGUUGGAUUUUCUAACCUGCCAAAUCAGAUUUACAGGAGGGCAGUCCGACGUGGAUUCGAAUUUAAUAUUAUUGUUCUCGGUGAAUCAGGGCUAGGGAAGUCCACCUUUAUCAAUUCUCUCUUUUUGAGCGAUGUCUACAACUCUGAGUAUCCUGGCCCCACUAUGCGCCGAAAAAAAACCGUUUGUGUGGAACAUACUUCAUUUACCAUGAAGGUACAACGUAUUUAUUCGAAUGAGAAUGGAGUUAAUCUUAAGGUUACCCUUGCGGACGUUCCUGGUUUCGGGGAUUCCUUAGAUAACAGCAAGUGCUGGUCUCCAGUUUUAGACUUCCUUGAUAGCCGUUUUGAUGAUUUUAUGACUUUUGAAGGAAAGGUUUCUCGUCCAACUAGUUGCAUUCCUGAUGGCCGAAUCCAUGCUUGUAUAUAUUUCUUGGCUCCUACGGGUCAUUCCCUCAAGUCUUUAGAUUUGGAGUGUCUCAGAAUGAUUCACAAGAAAGUGAAUAUUAUCCCGGUCAUAGGAAAAGCUGAUGCACUCACUCCCGAGGAGUGCAAAAAUUUUAAAAAGUCAAUUCUCGAUGAUCUUAGGAAUAAUUGCGUGCAAAUUUACGAUUUUUCCAUUCUUGAGAGUGUUGCAGCUUCAGGUAAAUAUUUGAAAUUAUAUUCGCUAGAGGGCCGAAUAGGAGUCCCUUAA